AUGGAUAGCAAGGUUUCGAAUAUCGAAGCAAAGACUUCAGACAUGGAAAGAGAAUUGAUUGAGUUGAGGAGUAGAACGAAUAUGUUGAGUGGUCGAAUGGGGAGUUUGGACAAGUAUUUUAGUGAGAAUGAGGGGUUGUCAAAGGAAGAAGUUUGUGAGGAUUAUAACAAUAGGAAAGGAGGGAACGAUGGGUAUGUUGAUUUGAAUGAGAUGAGGGUGGUGAUGAGGGAGGAAUUUAAAAGGAGAUUGAAAAACAUGCUUGGAAGGGAAGAUUAUGCAUCUGGCGGGGCUGUUGUCAGGAAACAUUCGGUGAAGGCUGAUUAUUUUGCUGAUCCAGUGAGGAUGAUAACACCUAGUUUUGGCCAGCCAGGUGAAUGCUUUGGUCUGAAAGGAAACAGGGGUUUUGUAGAGAUCAAGCUCAGAAGUGCCAUAAUUCCUCAGGCUGUUACUUUAGAACAUGUUGCCAAGAGUGUUGUUGAUAACCGGUCGAGUGCUCCAAAGGACUGCAGAGUAUAUGGAUGGUUCAGCAGGAAAAAAAUAACUCGUGAUUUGAGUAUGUAUUUUCUAGGUAAUUUCACCUACGACCUGGAGAAGAGCAGUGUUCAGACUUUUGAUGUAUCAGACUCAUCUCGCGUCAUCGACACAGUAAGGCUCGACUUCACUUCCAACUAUGGAAACCCUUCUUAUACAUGCAUAUAUCGCUUCAGGGUCCAUGGCUAUCAACCUGAUAUCUGA